GUGCAGCAACACUGUUCAGAAGAGUUAUCUUGAGGGGGCAACAGCUGGAGAUACCUCUUCGCUUCUCAAUGGACCUACAUUCUGAUCUUGAAGAGAGAGAAAAGGCAGUAAUCGCAUUCUACAAGACUCCAAGAACUAAAUGGGCCUCCCCACUUCACUGUGUGCUGGAAGGUGAUGCUGCCAUCGGUGAUGGUGUAAGUCGUUACUUCAUCAGCUUUGCUAUGCAGACCUUGCAGUCUGGAUUCCACAUCAAUUUUGGCAAUGCUGAUGUGACGAGGCUGUUUGAGGGACAGAAGGAUCACCUCAUCCCAUGUGCCUCCCAGCCACUCAUUGAUUCGGACCUUUUUCUGAUGGCAGGUAGAAUGGUGGGACAUUCAUUUAUACAUGGUGGCCCAGGAUUGCCAGGGAUCAGUCCUGCUGUAGUCCAUGUGCUCUUAGGGGGCCAAUUGGAGACAGCGACAUUGGUAUUGGAGGAUUGCCCUGAUAUCGAUCAAAGGAACACAAUCCAGUUGCUGGAUGGCAACAGGGAGCUAUCUGAGGACCAGAAAGCGGCUGUCAAUAGCCUAGUCGACAUGUGGGAAUUGCCACGACUGACUAAUCUGAACAGACAAUAUCUUCAUCAGAGGCUGUUGCAGCAUGCGAUUCUGGGAAGAACCGCUUCUCAGAUCAAACAGAUGAGAAAGGGCUUAAAAGAAACAGGAGUGUGGUCAAUACUGUCAGAAAGAAGAGAUGUGGCUGAAGCUGUCUUCCCACGUGAAAAAGAAGUUAUCUGCAGCCCCCAGAAAUUAAUGCCAAAUUUGUGCAUCAACAAGGUCAUGAUUGAUCACAUCAUUUGGCCAACAAGUGAGGUUGUUGACGACGACGAGGAAUUUCCACUUGAGACAAGAGCCAAAAUUGGAAUGUACCUUCGGCAUUUCAUUGAAACGGCACCAGCAGCAUCUCGGAUGAACCUACUCAAGUUUUGGACUGGAUGGGAAGUUCUCUCUGGGCAGCUGAAGCUGGAGGUGGUACGUGGGGAGUUCCCAAAAUCCUUGACUUGUUACCAGAGCCUACGCAUCCCUGGCCACUUCUCAACUUAUGAGGAACUUAAACAAGCACUGGAAGCAUCUAUCUGGACAUCCGAUACUGGAUUUGGACUGAUAUAAUGCAGCUUCAUGCAAUACAUGUGUGAAACAUGUCAGUUUAAAUUUCCUUUAUUCACAUUUCAUUUAUUUUAGGCCAACGUAUAUUUAACAAUGUUUUAGUUAAGAAAA